AUGGCUCACAGAUUAUUAGUUAACGUGAUAUUUACUGGUGCUUCCGUGUUUGGUCGUGCUUUUACUGAAGCUUAUAGGCAAGCCGCCAAAGCUUCAGCUGCUGGCGCCGCAGGAAGACCAGCCAAGGCUAGUUCUGCUGGAGGUAUACCUGUGGAAGAAGCAAUGAAAAUUUUGGAUUUGGAAAAGACCGAGCUAAGCUUAGAUAAGGUUGAAGAGAAGUACGACUAUUUGUUUAAUGUGAACUCGAAAGAACAAGGGAAUUCAUUCUAUCUUCAAAGUAAAGUAUAUUAUGCGAUGGAUACGUUAAAGAAAGAGCUAGAGUAUUUGGAGAAAUUGCAAAACGAAAAGGGAGCGGCGUCCAAUUAG